AUGACAACUGGAUUGCGGUACCAGGGCAAGGUGGUCAUAGUGACAGGGGGCACUGGAGGCAUUGGUUCAGCCAUGGUCAGAGAAUUUGCUAGGCAAGGAUCCAAGGUGGUAUUCUGUGCACCAAAAUCUGAAGCGGAAAAGGGACAAGUACUUCAGAAAGAAAUCCAAGAUUCUGGGUGCGCAGGGGAAGGCUACUUCCAAGUCUGCGAUCUCCGCAUUGACAGUGACAUUCAGAGGUUGGUUCGCGUGACUAUAGAGCGUUAUGGACGCCUGGACUGCUUGGUGAACAAUGCUGCAGAACUUUUUCCUCUCGCGAAGGUAGAUGAUGCGACGAUCCAAGAUUUUCUCAACUUCGUGCAGCUCAAUGUUUUUGGAGUUUUUUUAGGAUCAAAGUAUGCCCUGCCCUGCCUGCGGAGAACAAAAGGAAACAUCAUCAACAUCGGCAGUCUUUAUGUUGACCUUGGAUUUCCAAAUGCCGUGGCGUAUGCCUCAACCAAAGCUGCUGUUAUAUCAAUGACCAAAUCCAUGGCCAUCUCAGAGAGCCAGUACGGAGUACGGGUCAACUGCAUUUCACCUAGUAAUAUCUGGACCGGUAUGUGGAGAAGAUAUGCAAACCUGACACCAAAUCCAGAGGCUACAAUUCAGGAAGGCAAAGAUUAUCAGCUUAUGGGACGAUUUGGUACCCCGGAAGAGGUGGCAUUGGCUACCCUGUUCCUUGCUGCUAAUGGAACUUUCUGUACGGGUUUGAACCUGGUGCUCAGUGGUGGAGCAGAACUUGGCUUUGCGAAGAAGAGCCAGGUGGAUGCCAAACCUGGCCCAAGCAGUAGUGGGAGCUCACAGGGGGGAGGGGACUUCAUGGUUCCUGCAUGGGCUGGGGAGAAGAGCUGA